AUGUCAGCAAGGGAGAAGGAAAAUACCUCGGAGGAAGCGCUGGUGGCGCCAGCAGAUCCUGGUCCCCCUGAUGGCGGGCUUCGUGCCUGGCUGGUUGUGGUGGGAGGCUUCCUGACGUAUUUUGUGACAUUUGGGUUGCUCAACUCCUUCGGCACCUUCCAGGCAUACUACGGGGAACACAUUCUUCGGGAUCGCAGUGAAAGUGAGAUCUCCUGGAUCGGAUCCAUUCAGCUCUUCCUGCUCUUCAUCGGUGGCCUCUUCUUUGGCCCCGUCUUCGAUACCAAGGGCGCCAAGGUUCUCUUUGUCCCCGGCACGAUCUUCUUCGCGCUCUCCUUGAUGUUUGUCAGUCUCUGCCGUGAGUACUACCAGUUCAUUCUAGCUCAGAGCCUCCUCUUUGGCAUUGGUGACGCCAUGCUCUUCUACCCGACCAUCUCGGCUAUCUCGCACUGGUUUAAUCGGCGCCGUGGGCUGGCUCUGGGAAUUGUGGUUGCCGGUUCGUCCCUCGGAGGAAUUGCCUGGCCACUCAUCUUGAACCGCCUCUUCGACGCGGUGGGAUUCCCAUGGGCGCUACGCAUCAUCGGAUUCAUGUCUCUGGGUCUUGAGGUGCCCCGGUCGGAGCUGGUGGCCAUCUUCAAGGACGCGCGCUUUAUAAUCUUUGUCGUCGGCAUGCUCUUUGUCAUAUGGGGGAUGUUCAUCCCGUUCUACUAUGUCCCCCUGUAUGCGAUGCAGCAUGGCAUAGAUGCCGCUUUUGCAAACGACCUCAUCGCCAUCCUUAAUGCGGGCUCGCUGGUCGGGCGCAUCGCGUCCGGGGCGCUUGCGGAUAAAAUUGGAAGGUUCAACGUGGCAAUCCUCUGUUCACUGCUGUCUGGCGUCGUGCUGCUCUGUCUGCAUGUCAUGCGCACCAAGGCCGCCAUUGUGGCCUUCGCAGUUCUGUACGGACUGUUUUCGGGCGGCCUGAUUUCCCUGCAGUCGGCAUGCGUGGCACAGAUCACAGAAAACUUGCAGAUCAUCGGCAUCAAGAUCGGCGUCAUGAUGGCCGUCUGCUCGGCUGGUGCCCUGACUGGCAGUCCUAUUGGGGGUGCCCUUGUAUCUGCAGACGGCGGAAAAUACUCUGGCCUGAUUGACUUCGCCGGCGUCAUUCUCCUCGCUGGAACAGCACUCCUCACAAUAUCCCGGGGGACCAUCAAUCGGAAGCUUCUGCAGGUAGUCUGA